AAUAAACGACAGUUGACAGCAACGUGUUCGCGAAAUACGAAACGUCACCAAUAAUUCUAAACAUCUGUUGUUAAACGUGCUUACUUGUGAAACUAUUUUUGAACUACUAAAGGUUCCAAUUUUUCAAACUGCCCAUCGCGAAGCAACAAAAUGUUGGAUUUAUUUACAAUUUUCACAAAAGGAGGAAUCGUUUUGUGGUGUUUCAGGGGAACAAAUCAGCUUUUUGCACCUUCUGUAAAUGCAUUAAUACGCAGUGUCAUCUUGCAAGAACGUGGUGGAGGCAGUAUUUUUGAACACGACAAACUCGCCCUCCAAUAUAAACUUGAUAACGAGUUCGAACUAGUGUUUGUCGUAGCUUUCCAGAAAAUUCUCCAACUUUCUUAUGUGGACAAAUUCCUGAGUAAUAUUCACCUUGAAUUUAGAGACAAGUACAAGAAUGAACUGGAGUCAGCAAGUCGAAAUUUUAUGGAAUACGAAUUUUCGGCAGAAUUUCACCGUAUUCUGGAAGAAACUGAGAGAUGGAAUCGACAAAAAAUGCAAAUUCCGAAGCAGAUGCGUUCAUUUAAUGAGUCACUAAAAUCCAAAAAGACUGUUGCCUCAAUGAUUGAGCAUAAAGGUGUAGACAAGGAGGCCGCUUCCACUAAAAAGUCGGUAAAAAUUAUGGAUUCAAAACUAGAGGUGAAUAUGGCACCACCUUCAAUAACCGAAGAAAUUAUAAUGGCUAAUAGAAAGAAAAUGAUUGACAAACUAUCAAAUAAUAGUAAAAAAAACAGGGAUAACAAAAAAUCGCCAGUAGAGAAGACUAUGAAAAAACCCAGAGUGUGGGACUUAGGUGGUUCAAAUCGUGAUUUACCUAAUUUAGACAGGUCGAAAGAUAAACCGGAAGACAUUCAGAACUGUUUCACUGCGGAAAAUCAAAUUAUUGGAACCAUGAAAGGCGGAAUACAAGAUCUUGAAAUCGAAAGCGACAAUGAGGAUUACUCUGACAAUCACGAAUCAGAAAGUGAAGAGAUAUCUGAGUAUGAAAAACGACAUAGUAAAACAAUCACAUCCAAAAAGCCUUCGACUUUGUUCAAUUUGUUUAGAGGUCUUGUCGGCUCUAAAAGUCUGACACAAGAUCUUAUGGCACCUAUCCUAGAUAAAAUGCGAGACCAUUUGAUUGCCAAAAAUGUAGCAACAGAAAUUGCUCAUAAGCUUUGCGAAUCAGUUGCUUCGAAGCUAGAAGGGAAGGUUAUUGGCACAUUUGAUACAAUUGCGACUACGAUUAGGACUAGUUUGAACGAGGCGUUAGUGCAGAUUUUAUCGCCAAAAAGACGAGUUGACAUUCUUCGUGAUUGUUUAGAAGCAAGGAAAAAUUGUCGACCAUAUGUAAUGACAUUUUGUGGAGUGAAUGGUGUGGGAAAGUCAACCAAUUUAGCGAAAAUUUGCUUCUGGCUGAUUGAAAAUAAUUUCAAUGUUUUGAUUGCAGCUUGUGAUACAUUCCGUGCAGGUGCUGUAGAGCAGUUACGUACUCACACGCGACAUUUAAAUGCACUACAUCCUCCAGAAAAACAUGCUGGCCGUAUUAUGGUCCAGCUCUAUGAAAAGGGAUAUGGAAAAGACGCAGCCGGUAUUGCUAUGGAGGCUAUUCGUUUUGCAAAAGAUUCCGGAAUAGAUGUUGUUCUGGUUGACACAGCAGGUCGAAUGCAGGACAAUGAACCGCUUAUGCGUGCAUUGGCUAAGCUGAUUAAGGUGAAUGAGCCUGAUUUGGUAUUAUUUGUUGGCGAGGCCCUUGUAGGUAACGAAGCUGUCGAUCAACUUGUGAAGUUCAACCAAGCUUUAGCAGACUUCUCAUCCAGUAAUAAUCCUCAUAUUAUAGAUGGAAUUGUUCUCACAAAAUUUGAUACAAUUGACGAUAAAGUCGGAGCUGCAAUUUCAAUGACUUACAUCACUGGUCAACCAAUUGUUUUUAUUGGGACAGGGCAGACGUAUACGGACUUGAAAGCGCUGAAUGCAAAUGCGGUUGUACACGCUUUAAUGAAAUAAAGAAAAUAAAUCUGCUCCAAUAAAAUAUUUCCAAUCACUAAAUGCUAUUAAUCACUUGAAUAUCAAGCCAUUUGUUACACGGCCCAUUGUGUAAUUCUAGAAAAUAAUUUGGAACAUUUGGAUCUUAAUAUAUUGUUGAAGGUGGCUUUGAAGAAUUAAAUCUAUUUUUUUUUUUGUUUAUAGAUCUGCUGAUUCAAUCCUAUUAAAGAUUUUUCAUUAUUU